UCUCGGAGGCGAACCGUCUGGAAAUAACAAGAACAGCUCUGCGACCCGAAAUGGCCGAGGGCGGCAGUUACAUCGACUCCGAUAAGUUCAGAUGUCCGAUCUGCUUGGACUUAAUGAAGACCCCGGUCACGAUCCCCUGCGGCCACAGCUACUGCAUGGCGUGCAUCGCGAGGUGUUGGGAUAAAGGCGACAGUUUUUGCCCUCAGUGUCGGCAGAAAUUCGUGCCCAGGCCCAAACUGGCCAAGAACGCCCUGCUGGCCGAGGUGGUGGAGAAGCUCCGGGAGGAGAGGAAGAGCUCCAGCUCGGUGCAGGCUGAGGCUGAGGGUGCUGGAGCUGCCGGAGCGGUGGAUGUGAUGUGCGACGUCUGUAUAGGAGCUAAAGCUAAAGCCACCAAGUCGUGCCUGGUCUGUUUGGCUUCGUACUGCGAGCAGCACCUUCAGGCGCACUACGAGUCCGCCGCCUUCAAAACGCACAGGCUGGUCACUGCGGCGGGUCGGCUGCAGGACAGGAUCUGCUCACAGCACAACAAGCUGCUGGAGUUUUACUGUCAGACCGACAAACUGUGCAUUUGCUACAUCUGCAUGUUUGGGGAGCACAAAGGACACAACGUAGUGUCCGCCGAAACCGAGAGAGCCACAAAGAAAGUGCAGAAACAGCUAGCAGCAGCACAGCAGAGCUCCCAGCAGAGGAUCAGGACCAAAGAGAAGGAGCUGAAGGAGCUGAAACAGACCGUGGGAAAUUACAAGAACCCCACCAAAGCCACCGUGGGUGAAAGCUGCUUGAUACGGGACUCGCUGAUUAAAGCCGUGAGGCAGUGGCAGACUGACCUGGAGAAGCUAAUCAAAGCUGAAGAGAGCAAUGCUGUUAGCACUGCUCAAGGCGUUCUGGCCCAGCAGGAGCAGGUGCUGGCUGAGCUGAAAAAGAGAGACGCUGAGCUCCAGCAGCUGUCCCAAUCAGACGACCACAUUCAUUUCCUCAAGAGCUUUGAGGCUUUGUGCGAAGCUGCCCCAGAAUCCUACUUCGAAAAUUCAGCCGCAGCUGCUACAGCCGUCUCAGAAGUCCGAGGGCGUCUGGAGAAAGUCUGCAAUGACGAACUGACUGCUUUUUCCAAAAGGGCAAAGGAAAUAGAAGGGCUGAUAUUUAUGCCGAAGACCAGGACAGACUUUCUACGAUAUGCCUGCCAUCUGACGCUGGACCCCAACACAGCCAAUGGAUAUUUGGAGCUGAACCACGAGGAGCGGUCAGUUACGUGUGACUCUUCCUGCUUCUGCCCCGGUGAAGACAAAUGCAACCGCACGCCUCGCCCUUACCCACCUCACCCCGACCGCUUCGACCAUCAGCUGCAGGUCCUCUGCAAAGAAUCCCUUUUCGGAGGGCGCUUUUACUGGGAGGUGGAAGGAGCCCCAUUACGCGGUUCCGUUGCCGUCUGCUACGGCAGCAUCCCCCGAAAGGAGAACAGUUUCCUGGAUGACCUAAUGAACAGCCAGAAGUCAUGGUGUGCGGAGUGCGGGCACGAAUACCCCUUCAUUCUCCGCCACGGCCCGAGUGUGAGGGAAAAGUUUUCCGAGUACCUUGAUUUAGACACUGAAACCCAAGACAAGAGGAAAAGGAAGACCAAACUCGGUGUCUUUCUGGACCAUACCGCAGGUCUUCUGUCUUUCUAUGCGGUCAACAAGGAGGCCAUGAUCCACAUACACACCUUCCGUACCACCUUCGCUGAGCCGCUCUAUGUGGGCCUGAGACCAUCACCUACCUGCACUUUUAAAUUGUCCAGUUUAGAACCACUGACCCCAUCCAGCAAGUAGUAGCUGCAUGUGGGGUUUUGGUAUUGUUUCCUGUUAAAUUGCUUUGACCCCCAUUUGGAAAAAGAAGAUAGUUUAGCUGCUUUAGCCGGUAAGGUACUGUAAAAUGGAUACAAGUUGGCCCCCCACCCAUUUUACAGUAACUAUGCUUCAUCAGCCUUAUCUCACCUUAAAUAGAGGGGCAAAGUAGUAGUCUUUGUGUUCUACAUAUAGAGAUUGGACUGGGCUUUAUGUUCAUAGAUUGUAAUUGGUUGACCGUGCCAAAAGGUCAGUGUCAUGUAUGUACAGCAGAUAUAGAAAAUAUAAAAUCCUCAGUAUGUUUGUUUACAUAUUUGUUCACAUAACUGCAGAAAGUCUGAUUUUGGCAAUACUUCAUUAAACACACUGCAUUUCAGCAGUCUGAUCACUACAAUGGUCUCAAAUUGGACCGGGGGAUGACUUUUUUAAAAUUAUUUUUUAUUUAUUUAUUUAUUUUUCUCACUUCAAUCACAGAUGGACCAGACGGAGACAUUGCUAUUGUGUUUGGUUUGCAUGUCCACCCCAAAACAAGCAAUCAGAAGUAGAACUGGACAAAGUAACGUAACAUUAAACAUGUAGAAUAAAAAAAGAAAAAAACUCUUUGGUGACUUAUUUUAUCAACUGUUAAAAUUGUUUAUGAGUAAAAACAAUAUUAAUU